AUAAUUGGCAACAUUAGACUACUGCUGGCGUUAUAGGGUGGGGAGCUGGAUAAUUAGAAUUUUAUUGUAUUACAGUAUUUAUCCAUAAUUUAAGUGUCUUAUCAAAAUGCCCCGAACUUUUUGCCAAUAUUAUACUCUUAGUAUUUCAUUCUCGUGAAUAAUUGUACAACAAUUCGUAAAUUGUCAAUAUUGACAAGCAGCUAGAAGAUGUCGAAGCGCGCAGCCGACGACGGCGGCAAUGGCAGCAGCCAGCCGCCGAUCAAAAAGGUCCACUUCGAGCCCCAUCUCAUCGGUCCUGUAUCCACCCUGGAGGAAAUGGACAUCAAAGUCCUUCAAUUCCAGAAUAAAAAACUAGCACAGAGGAUUGAGCAGCGCCACCGUUGUGAAGCAGAGCUUCGUGCCAGGAUUGAGCAGCUGGAGAAGAGGCAAACUCAGGAUGAUGCCGUGCUGUGUGUCGUUAAUCGCUACUGGAACUUGCUCAAUGAAGACAUCAGAGUUUUACUGCAACGGUUUGACGCUGAAACUGCAGACGAGUCUGAGAACAAGAAUGAGAACGAAGCAACAACGUCGUUCCUGAUGCAGCUGUCGACAUGGGACAAAGAGGAAUUGGACGCUCAGUUGGCGAACCGCGUGCAGGUCAGCAAGCGAGCUGUUGCCAAGGUGCUGCAGGCCUUCGACCGCCUGCAGCAGCGCAACGACAAGAUCUGGCGAGCUAUCAAGGGCGACGGCGAAGAAGGCGCACCGGCCCCGGCUCUGGACGAAGUGGUCCGCGCAACCAACGAGGAGGUGACAGCAGAGAACCGUAGACUGCAGGCUCUGUGCACCACGCUGCACGAGAGCCACCACGCCAUGACCUUGCGGGUCGCGCAGCUGCAGGACGCCGUCAACAGCCGCGACACAGAGAACGCUGAGUUGAAGAACCAGAUUGACGAUCUCCAGUAUGAGCUGUUAAAGGUGCGAUCUCGCAAUGACAAGCUUGAGAAUCACUUAGCGGAAGCCAUAGAGAAGUUGAAGAGCUACCACCAAUCCGGUGCCACCACGUCCGCGGUGCCGGUGGGCGCCGCGCCUGCGCACUCGGGCGCCGCCGCCGCCAAGCUGGAGGAUAUAGCAGCUGAACUGGAAGAGCAGAGGGAACUGGCCAACAACAGAUUGGCCGAGCUCGAUAGACUGCACCGGCAGCAUCGUGAUACUCUGAAGGAGGUCGAGAAACUUAAAAUGGAUAUCCGUCAGCUUCCAGAAUCAGUGAUUGUGGAGACUACAGAGUACAAGUGUCUUCAGAGCCAGUUCUCCGUGCUGUACAACGAGUCCAUGCAGAUGAAGACCGCUCUAGACGAGACCAGGAUGCAGCUGCAGAACGCUAAAAACUUGCACAUGAGGCAGAUUGAGAUGAUGGAGAGCGAAGAACUGGCCAGGCAAAAGGCGUUACGUGCAGAAAUGAUCCAACUUGAAGACGUACUGGGCCAACUUCGUAAGGAAUACGAGAUGCUCCGUAUAGAGUUCGAACAGAACCUAGCGGCUAAUGAACAGACUGGACCCAUCAACAGGGAGAUGAGACACCUCAUCACGUCUUUGCAGAACCACAACCAGCAGCUGAAGGGGGAAGUGCACCGGUACAAACGCAAAUAUAAGGAUUCCAGCCAGGAACUAAAUAAGGUCCGCAAAGAGCUAGAAGAAGCAGGCGCCCGUACCAGCGCCCCUAGCGGCUCCGAGCCUGAGGAGAAGCCUCUGGCGGUGAAGAAGGAAGAACCCGAGCCGGAGGGCGAGGAGGCGCCGCCCGCCGACAAGCCGCUCAGCAAGGACCACAGCCGCGCCAAGCUGCAGGAGCAGGACCAGCUCAUCAAGGACCUCAAGCAACAGCUCAAGAAAGCAGUGAAUGAACAGAAGGAGUUGAAAUUAUUACUGGACAUGUACAAGGGAGUGAGCAAGGAACAGCGAGACAAGGUGCAGCUGAUGGCGGCCGAGAGGAAGGCCCGGCAGGAGCUUGAGGACCACCGGCAGAAGGCUAAGAUGGCACAGGAAAGCAAAAGGGAGCGUCGGUUAGCAGACGAAGACGCCUUGCGGAAGAUCAAGCAGUUAGAGGAACAAAAAUAUGAGCUGCAGAAACAGCUGUCGUGCGCGCGGCCCAACGCGGACCCGCUGCAUGCUUUCUCCAGACCAUUCGCCGGGUCGCAGGAGGAAGAAGCGUUGCUGAACGAGAUGGAAGUAACGGGGCAAGCGUUCGAAGACAUGCAGGAGCAGAACUCGCGGCUGAUCCAGCAGCUGAGGGAGAAAGACGACGCCAACUUCAAGCUCAUGUCCGAGCGCAUCAAGGCCAACUCGCUGCACAAACUGCUCAGAGAAGAGAAGCAGUUGCUGCAAGAACAGGUGUUAACCCGCGACCAGCAAAUCGAGUCAAUGGGCGCUGUGGCUCGGCGGCUUGAAGAGAAGGAGCGGUUACUUCAAGCCACGCUGUCGGCCGUCGAGAAGGAGUUGCUGCUACGCCAGCAAGCCAUGGAGAUGCACAAGCGCAAGGCAAUCGAGUCCGCGCAGUCUGCCGCUGAUCUCAAGUUACAUCUUGAGAAAUACCACGCGCAAAUGAAAGAAGCGCAACAGGUAGUCGCUGAAAAGACGAGCGCUUUAGAAGCCGAAGCGUACAAGACAAAGAGACUCCACGAGGAGUUGGCCAUACUGCGGCGCAAGGCCGAGCGCAUGAAGAAGAUGGAACAAGCUGGCAGCAGCAUGGACGAGGUGCUGCUGGAAGAGAUACGCGAGUACAAGGAGACCCUCACGUGUCCCUCUUGCAAGGUGAAACGCAAAGACGCAGUGUUAACGAAGUGCUUCCACGUGUUCUGCUGGGACUGCCUGCGCACGCGCUACGAGACUCGCCAGCGCAAGUGCCCCAAGUGCAACGCAGCGUUCGGCGCCAACGACUACCACCGGCUCUACCUCUCCACCUAAACGAUCAACAUCUACGUUUAGGUUAAGCUUAGGUAGAACCGCGGCGGGGCAAGCCCUCCUGCGCAGAAACACGGAUAUACGGACCCCCCGCUAUACGCCAUUGGCUGAUUUACAUGAAAAUGGCGCAAUAUCCACUCCAUAUACGUUUAUCUUAGGAGAAUAAUCUACUUCCAAUCAUUUCGGAAUUGCGUCGUUCAAAAUGUUCUGCCAAUGAACAACGGUAUAUAACGUAGCAGGCAUAAUAGAAGGGUGGGAAUUAACAUAGAAUAUGAAUUUGGGCCCGUGAAGGAGAUAGGAGAUUAUAAUUCGCAUGAAAUGCCGAAUUUCGUAAGCGAAAGAUUGAAGAACACAAUUAUUAAGUUAUAGAGUAUUUAUGUAACGAUCACGUUGAUGCAUCAUCGAGGACCACACAUGGCAACAGAUCUGGAGUUAAUGCGAAGAAGCGUUAUAAAUAGUUGAAUCAAUUGUCACCGGAUAUAGCUGACUGGAAAUGGAAAUCGGAUAGAUUGUAAAUAUUAUAAUUAGUUUAUUCUUCCCGCGGCUUAUAAUCUGGGGGCCGAUGUCGCUCUCUGUAUUUCGCCUUCAACAAACACUCCAUAAUUGUCAAAUAGUUCAAUUUAAAGUUAUAUUCCAGUUAGAGAAAUCUGUUUAACUAGUAUAAUUCAGAUUGUUCUGUCGUGUUAGUAUUGUUACAUGUUUUAUUGUGUACGGCAUCUCGCAUACUUGCUUGUUAGGCCUUUAUUCUGAAAUCUAAAUGGUAUGCGAUGUGUUUGUAUAACAUUGAAAAAUGUGAACAUAACGACAAAGGGUUGUGAAUCGCGAGUUAUCUUGGUACCGAGGGAGGUGAGAGUUUGACCUGGAAAGUAAGUUAACUAUAUGAGUUGCUGAAAAAUACUAGACUUAUUUGUAAUUGUCCAAUAAUGAUGUAGAAGUUUAUAGAUUUUCAAAAUAUAUUGAUGUUCUGUACUAUCUGUACAUGUUCCAUGACUCCAUGCACGAUGCACUCUCGGUGAAAACUUUAAUGUACAUUAUGUGAUCUUGCAAACACAGAAACGCGACGAAACUUAUAUAUUUUAUGGAAUUAGUAGACUCUAGUUAGUUUUGAGUUAUAACAAGAUUCUUUCAAAAAGAAUCUUUUAAAAAUAAUUAUGAAUCAUUUUUACUAUAAAGUAUUUGGAAGCUGUUGAUUGUUCAUUCCUUAUUUUGCAAUGAGAUAGCUUUCCGUGACCUAUGACACAUGAAUUGAUGACACAUUAGGUUGUUAAAUUGAAAUGCAUUUCGCAACCUGUAUACCGGUUACAUUUUAUUAAUGUUUGUAUAUUUAAGGAUAUCAUGAAAUCGAACAAGUGGACGUAGUGUAUCUGUAUUCAAAAUAUUUAAUUAUUUUAGUGAGAGAGAUGAUGCGUGGCUGAGGGGUGUGAGCAGAGUUCUGUCGGAUUGCCGUAGAUAGUGAAAUAAAAUAGCUAACAUAACAGCGCACUGACUGAUAUAUUUAUACUUUUAGGUUUAAUACUUCCGCAUCGGGUAUACUGUUCCUGUCCAAUAUAUUGUAUGACAUUGGCUUGAGGUUAUUCUGAAACUAGCUUCUCUGAGGUACAUUUUGUCUCAUUGAUAUAACCAAAUCUCAGCUUUCUUAAUGCAUAUUAAAUUAAUAUUUCGAUUCCCAUAUAUGACGCAUUAUAGGCGAAGGGACCUAUCCUGUAGUUUAUACAAGUGGCUACAAGUUUGUAUUACGACUUGUAGUUCUGUUUGGCCCUGAAAAGAAUAAUGGCGUGUAGGUACGUACAUUUUUCAAUUAUUAAUAAAUUGUUUGUGAAAAGUAAUGUUCAAAAAACAUGUUGAUUUAAACUUGUACCUACUCUUAUGUGGUGUAGAAUAUUCAAAACCAGUUAUUGUAAUGUGUAUCGAUUCAUAGAAAUUUCAAUGUCAGGAAAGCUGAGAAACCGUACUUACAAUUAAAUGACUACUACCAUGGAAAUGUGUAACAAUUGAAGUAACACUAUUUUAAGGGAAUAUGUCAAAUAAAUGUCUCAAAUAAA